GUUUGGAUUGUAGCGCUCAACCACAGCCUACAAUUUAUUAUUAUAUGCCAUAAUGGCCCCGGAUAAGAAGGAUAAGAAGCGCAAGGCUGCCGCCGCUACUGCCGCCGCCGACUCUCCCGCAAAGAAGACCAAGAAGGUCGAGGCCAAGCCCACCGAAUCCACAAAUGCAAGCCCCAAGCCUAUUCUGAAGAAGAACAAAGGAAGUGGUGCAGAGAAGCCAGCCGCAAAGUUGAAGGUCAAUGGAGAGCCGACAAGGCAGGCCAAGCCUCGCAAGCGCGCUGCCGAUUUCCUCAGCGACAACGACGAUAGCGAAUCGGAGGAUGUCCCUGAGACUAAGGCCGAGCCAGAGAAGAAGUUGAGCAACAAGAAGACCAAGAAGGCGGAUGGUACAGCAGCCCCCGCUCCCAAGGCAAAGACUACCAAAGCCAAGAAACCAGAGCCUGUCGCAGAAGAGUCUGACGAUGAGGAGAUGGAAGAUGAAGAGUCUGCCGCAUCUGGCGCUAGCGCAAGUGAAGAUGAGGAAGAAGAUGACCGGACCGCCGCGCUCAUUAAGGGCUUCGAGAGCAGCGGGGAUGAGGACGAGUCCGGCGAUGAAGGAUUUAACCCCGACCAACCGGUUCCUAAGAUUCCUGAUUCUAAGAAGGCCAAGAGAAAGAUCUUGAAGAAACAGAAGGAAAACAAACAAGAGGCAGAGGAGCCAGGUACUGUAUACGUUGGGCGUAUUCCUCACGGUUUCUACGAACAUCAGAUGAAGGCUUACUUCUCGCAAUUCGGCGAAAUCUCUCGUCUGCGUCUUUCUCGGAAUCGCAUUACCGGUCGCUCGAAGCACUACGCUUUCAUUGAGUUUACCUCCACCUCCGUGGCGAAGAUUGUUGCGGCGACCAUGGAUAACUAUCUGAUGUAUGGUCAUAUCCUGAAGUGCAAAUACGUACCCCAGGAACAAUUGCACUCAGAGCUCUGGAAGGGCGCCAACAGACGGUUUAAGCGGACCCCCUGGAACCGAAUUGAGAAGAAGCGACUGGACAAGGCCAAGACCAGAGAGCAGUGGUCGGAGCGCAUCGAUCGCGAACAGAAGAGACGACUCGCGAAAGCUGAGAAACUCAAGGCUCUCGGCUACGAGCUCGAAUUACCCCAAUUGAAGAGUGUCGACGAGGUCCCCAUUCAGCAGGAAGAGAAUAAGACGAUUGAGGCUUCGGAGACAGUAAUCGAAGAACCUGCCAAGGCUAUUGAAGCGCCAAAGGAGGAGGAGAAGAAGGUUGCUGAUGAUACCCAAAAGAAAGCUAAGAAGGACAAGAAGGCCGCACAAUCAACUGAACAGGAGACACCAAAGAAGCAAUCCAAGAAGGAGACUCCUGCAGCAACUGCUUCGCCUGCCACCAAGGCUGGAGCAAAGGCUAAGAAGGCGAAAAAGACCAAGACCAAGGCGUAAAUCCCAAAUUAACAAUCUCUGUAACUUUCAUAGCAUAAAUUAUGUUUUCUCCAUUGCCAUGGGACAAAAAGCGGCUACUUGUUUUAUAU